AUGCCAGAAUAUAAGGUACUUGCUUGUGGCUCCAAUGGUAGCUAUCAGUUAGGUAUCUCCAACGAUGAAGAUCAAGAUACUCUUCAGACCGUGAUAUUCCGCCAUGAAAAUGGUUCGAAGACCAAUUAUAUUGAUUCAAAACCAAUCAAAAUAAGUUCCGGUGGGAACCAUACAUUCAUUUUAACGAAUACAGGAAUAUUAUACAGUGCUGGUGAUAACACAUACGGCCAAUGUGCACAUCCGAUUAAUCCUGAGUCUACUCAUACUCUUGAAUUUACAACAGUGGGUGGUAACAACAAGUGGAAAGAUGUUAGCUGUGGAUGGGAGUUUUCUAUUCUAAUGGAUGAUUCAGAUGAGAUAUAUGUGUGUGGUAUAGGCAUGAAGGGAGAAUUGGGCCUUGGGAGUAAUACCAAGAGAAGUGAGCUCAUGAAGACGUCUUUCGAGCUCCCAAGUAGAAUUAUUGAUCUAAAGUCCUCCAUAAAUCACACGAUUAUAAAAUUAGCAAAUGGUGAUCUAUACGGAUGGGGAAACUGCAGAAAGGGACAAUUAGGAAAACAAAAAGCUGUAGUUGUAAAUAAUAAGUCGAAGACACGCUCAAUUGUCUGGGAACCUGAACGUCUACUGUUUGGCGAAAUAGACUUACAAGCAUACGAUCUUGGUCGGGACUGUACAGUUAUAUUAAACAGAAAUCAUCAAAUUAGCAUCUACGGGAAAGGAGCCGAGACUUAUGAUUGUGGUGACAACGUUAUAGAUUUGAAAUCCAUGUGGUCGUCCAAUCAUUAUUUGGUUGAAGACCAAAACCAUUUGCAAACUAUAAAAUCAAGGGGCAACAACAGUCAUGGCCAGCUAUUUCCAAAAACCCGAAUAGAUUUUGCCAAAUACGAGAUCGGAAGUGAACAUGGACUUGUACUAACCAAGCAGAAUACGGUGUACGCUUGGGGAUGGGGCGAGCACGGUAAUUGUGGAAUUCAUACAGCUUCCGUAAACGAGAAUAACUUAGAAGAAAAAGUCACCUUCGACUACUUGAAUUGCUUGUAUGAUGGCGACGACCGGGUCAUACUAUUAGGCGCAGGAUGUGCAACAAGUUGGUUAUGUUUACAGACUAAGUAG